AUGAUUUCUUCGUCAGAUAAUGUGGUCAAAGCUGAAGCCUCUUCAGGUCAGCCAAACCCCAUAAAGGCUUCAAGGACUCACAACGAGCUUCACAAGGAACUGCUACUGGCCCAAAGACUGCUCUAUUUCUUCUUCUAUGGGCUAAGGGGUCUGGCGCUGAGCAGCAGGUCAGAACUCCAGCAGGUGCUGGAGAGGAGGAAGAGGGUGCAGAGUGAGCGCGAAGAGGAGGGACAGAGCAGGACUUCUCUGGAGGAUGUGCUGCUCCGACAGGGAGAAGAACAGGACAAGGUACAGCAGGAGUCCCAGUUGAUGGAGUUUGUCCGAGUCCGACAGAACCUAAGAAAGAUUCACUCUGCGAUCCAGAACAAGGCUGCAAACACCUGA